AUGAUAAAGGCUGCAGCUAAACUCAUCAGCCAGAACUGGUCCAGAGAACUCAAGAUCGGCAGCAUGGUAGAAAAUGGUAUGGAUCUAUCCGAAACUGUCGGAUCCUGCUUGUCAGGUCUGAAGAUCGCCGGAAAAGUUAUGAGCGUGAUUGGUGCGCUUGGUGAGGUCGGCACCUUCGCGGCGGAUAUUGUUCUCGGAGCGAAACAAAAGGAACAGCUUCAAGGCUUGAUCGUGGGUGCUGCCUCCCAGAGACAUGUCAUGGAGUCUAUCUACUGCAUGGUCAAUGCAGCAGUAAACUUCAAGUCUAGGUUGGCAGGUGUUAUUGCUGAGAAACGUCUUUUGACCAGCAAGAUCGGGCAACCCCAGAAUCGCCUCAAACCUGAUGGAGACAAAUGGACGCAAGCGGAUGUCGACGCUAAUGUCAAGGCUGACAUUGAUGCUUUUGUCCAGGAUUAUGCCAAUGCAAGUCCUCAGCCUAACAUUCUUGGAAACCUCGCACUCCUUGAUAGCAACCCAGGUUCCAACUCAUGGAAGAACGAAGAUCCCACCUCAGACCAGAUCCAGCAGUAUAUCAAGGACCAUCCACCGCUAGACGACGCUGGAGAUGAUGUCGGUGUUGCGGGAGAGAAGGUUCAGAAGCCUGUUCCGACGGAGUUAGGUAAGGGUCUUGAUCCAGUUUCCGAUCCACCCAAGACAGAGGUCGAGAAGUGUAGUGCUUCAUCUUGGAAUGCGACUACUACUACAGCAGAUGCACUGGAUGGUGCCGCGACAUAG